AUGGAGAAAAGAGUGUUCAUGAUAGUGGUGCUCACGGCGUUGGUAUCGGCGGAGGUGUGUUGGGGAUGGGCAGAGCAUGAUUUAGAAGGGAGGAAUCUGGCGGAGGAGGAAGCCAGACUUAAAACUCAAGAGGCCAAGGAAGAUGCAGAGAGAUUCGACGCUUGGUAUGAGUGGGCAUAUCACAAGUUCACCGAAGAAUUUGGAGAUAAACCAGAGGAGGCAAGAGAAGCAGUUUUUCAGAUGAUGAGAAGAGCGGCAUCAGAGGGAUCAGGUUAUGCUUCCCAAAUGGCUGAACAUGCCAGGAACAAUGCCCGUGACAGAAGGGACUUAUCCAAUCCAGAUGAGCCAGAACAUGGCAACCAUGACGGAAUGGACAUAUCUGAUCCAGGUGAGCCGGGAAAUGUCAUUAGAAUGUCCAUUGAUAGAGAUAGCGAUUCCGGAGAGCAGGCAGAUGAAGCAAUGGAAUAUGGAAAAGAGAGAGCAGGCAGUGAUGGCAAAGAAGCUUCAGAGAAGGCUAGUGAUGCCAAAGAGAGAAUAGCAGAAACUUGGCAAUAUGGAAAAGAUAGAGCAAGCAAUGCAUAUGAUGAAACUAGAGAGAGGAUGAAAGAUGGAGCAGCCAAUGCUUAUGAUGCAGCUAGGCAAAGAAUCAAUGAAGCUUCAAAUUUUGCUAGGGACAAGGCAUAUGAUGCCCAAAAUAGAGCUGCCAAUACUUAUGAUGAUGCAAAAAACAUGGCGGAGGAGACCUACAGAUCGACCAGGUCUAGUUACGAGGCUGCGAAGGAGAAGGCGUCUGAGGCUGCCGGGAAAUUAGGAGAGAAGAUGAGAAGCCGCCCUGGCGGAGAGCUUUAAACGAGAUUUUUCAACAGCAUGAAGCUAUUUC